GGGACUUCAUGCUCGCUCGCGAAGAAUUCUAUGACGCCAUGAGGCUGGGCUUUGGAUGCGCUGAGUGAUGGCUGAUGGCGACUACUACAAGCUCUUGGGCGUAGACCCAUCUGCCUCCGCCAAGGACAUCGGCAAGGCCUUCCGGCAGAUCGCCCGGAAGGUGCACCCGGACAAGCUCCCGCCGGACAGCUCGGAGGCGCAGAAGCUCCGCGCCAAGCAGCAGUUCCAGCAGGUGGCCAAGGCCUGGGAGGUGCUGGGGGACCCGCAGCAGCGCGCCCUCUAUGACGCCCAGCGAGAACCGGCGCCGCAGCGGGAGUGGGCGCCGAAUGGGUCGCGGCGUGCGCGGCCGGGAGCGGCGCAGCCGGGGACGGCGGGGCAGAGCAGGUGGCGGCGCGAGGAGGACGAGCAGGCGGCGGCGCAGGAGGAGGAGCGGCGCGAGGAGCGGCGGCGGCAGGAGGAGCGGCGGCGCGCGCGGCAGGAGGCUCGGAAGCAGCAGCAGGAGGCGGAGGAGGAGAAGAAGGAGCGGGAGCAGGACAAGCGCGGCCUGGGCGGCCACUGGAGACCAUUCCAGGCCGGCAUGCAAGCCCCCGAUGGCCCAGAGCGAUCGGGCGGCACCAGACAUUGGUCUGGCUGGUCGGCGGCCAAAGCAGCGGAUGUACAUAGCGAUAGCUCCAGUGAGCUGAGUUUCGAUUUAAACAUCGACCUCGGCGACCUAGACCUCCGCUUCGCACAAAGGGCCGAGCAGGAGGAGUGGGAGGACUGCGGUGAGGUUUGGGAGAUGAAACGCCCCAAGCCUACGGCUGAGCCGGCGCCUGAGGCUCCCACAGAACCAGAGGCCUCGCCGCUGCGCGGUUCUAGGGAUCCGCGGGAGCCAAAGCGGCCCUGCUGCAGCGUGCAGUGACCA